UGUGACAUGGACGACAACGAAAACUACUACUUUUGUUACGAUUACUACUACGACGACGUCGGCGACGACGGAAGGGAUUUUCGUGCUGAUUUUCCUGGAGGACGCUGCUGGGAGCCUGUCGCGGAACCGGUCGUCCUGCAGGAUUCAGCCGGGCAGGUGGCCGGCGGCGGACUUCCAGCGAUCGCGGACCACAGAGAAAACGAACAUAGCAUAAAAAGUCGAAAAUCUAGAACAGCGUUUACGAAAUAUCAAUUGGGGUGGCUCGAGGGAGAGUUUGAGAAGUGCAAAUACUUGACUCGGUUAAGGCGGUACGAAGUGGCUCUAAUACUUGGUCUCACAGAACGACAAGUAAAAGUGUGGUUUCAAAAUAGACGAAUGAAGAAAAAAAGGCUGAACGAGGAAUCCAUUUACGGAUAACAGGAUAACGAUUGUAAUAUUUGCAUUUUAAUCGUCAAGAGAGAUCAUUGUAACACGUUUGUACAACAUCAUGGCAUUAUUUUAUAAUAUGUACACUAGUUUUUUUUCACGGUUUAUACCUUAAUGGAAAUUUGAUUGUAUAAAAUGGAUUACUUCACCUGUCACGAGGAUUAAGUGUAUUAAAAAUUUAAAAAACCUUUUUAUUUGUUUGCAACAAUCACCAACAAUCUUUUUUUGAACUGCCAUCAAACGACAUGUUUUAGACUUUUAACCUGAUUCUACUUUCAUUGUAAAAAUUUAAAUAAAUUUCAUGGUUUGGAAUUAAUUUGAGCCCUAAAAAUAAUUUAAAUAAUUAUAAGCUAUCCAUAGUAGAUGAAAAACGUUUGCCAUU